GUUAGUGGUAAGGGUUUUUCUCCGCGCUCAACAUAAAAGCGACGCGCUGAUAAAUAUAGGAACUCCACUCCUUUUUUUUUUGUUCUGUUUCUUUUGCGUGAGUGAACGCCUUCUUGUUAGUAUUGAGGUAGCACAGGAGGUACUUUUUCUGUUGCUUGGCAGAGUGCGCAUUGGUGAAGUACUUUGUGGUACUGAUCAUCUAUUCAUAUCCCACCACGUGCGGUUUCACUCUGUGCCAAGUACUUCCUUUUUCAGCUUGCACAAGCACAGCCCAAUCCGUUGCUUUCGUUAUCUUUCGUUGCCUUCUGUUUUGCCUUUCUACUGGUAGUUGGCUUAGUGGAGCCUGCCGGUGUUUACCAUUUAUGUACUGCCUUCUCUUGCUGAUCUCAUCUUGCUCUUCGCUUGCUUUUCCAUUGAACUCAAAUUUCUCGUGUACAUACCUUUCUUUUUUGCUUUUAUAUAUAUUAUAAGCGCAGGCACCCAGCUGGACUGCUAUAUAUGGGCACGUGAGGCCACAAUAGCGUUCACCGGAUAUCAACCACCUGUGCAGGUGCUGCAUCGAAUGAAUUCUGGAGGUCCGUGCGUUGGAGCGCAACCGACCUCGACCUACCUGAAGUCCGUGGGACGUACACACACCGGAAAAGAAAACACAUUACAUUCAAGUCACCUUUUUCUUUCUUCCCGUACUAUUAAAUAUAAAUUUACCUCUCUAUACAUUUAAAUCCACCAGCGGGUUACCGUGUUUACGCAGAGGAGAAUCAGCGUGUAUAGCAGCGUUCCCGCCUCCCCUCUUCUCCCUCGCAACAGUCUUUUCUUUCGUAGUCUUUUCCUUUUAGAUCAAUAAAACCAUGGACAAGUAUCAGAAGGUGAAGGUUCUGGGCAAGGGUAGCUUCGGCAGCGCCAUCCUCAUCAAGCGCAAAGCGGAUGGACUGCUGUUUGUAGUGAAGGAGGUGUCACUGGUGAAGAUGAGCAAGAAGGAGCGCGACGAGGCGCGUCACGAGUGCACGGUGCUUCAGCAGCUACAUCAUCCCAACAUCGUCCGCUACGUCGAGCAGUUUGAAAACAAGACUAACUUGUACAUCGUCAUGGAGUACUGCGAUGGCGGCGACCUCGCUGGAAAGGUGAAGGAGGCGCGCGGCCCCAUGAAGGAGCCCACGAUCCUCUACUACUUCUCCCAAAUUUGCUUAGCCAUCGAGUACCUUCACACGCGCCACAUCCUUCAUCGCGACAUCAAGACGAUGAACGUCUUUCUCAUGAAGAACGGCGCAGUCAAAUUGGGCGACUUCGGUAUUUCCACCGUGCUGCGGAGCACGAUGGGUAUGGCGAACACCGUUUGUGGUACGCCGUAUUAUUUCUCCCCGGAGUUGUGCCGCAACCGCCCAUACAACAACAAGAGCGAUAUUUGGGCUCUCGGCGUGUUGCUGUACGAAUGUGCCACCAGCGGUCGCCACCCUUUUGACGGCACCAGCAUGAACCAACUCAUGCAGCGCAUCGUCAAGGGUAACUACGCUCCGCUGUCGAGCCAAUACUCGUCCGACUUUCGUAAGAUCGUGGAUUGGUGCCUGCAGAAGGAGCCGGCGCGGCGGCCAAGCAUUAAGCAGGCCCUCGCCGUCCCGUUGAUGCGCCGGUCCUUGGAGCAGCUGGAAGAGAAUUUGAUGCUCGCCACGCAGUGCCGCGUGCGGCUGAAGGACAUCAUUGACUUUGAGUCAGGCACAGAUCAGACAGAGCAACCCAAGUCUCCGCAGCCGGCGCAGGUGUCGCCUCGGCCGACGGCCAAUGACGGCAUUUCGCCUGGCCAGGCGGCCGCGCUGGCGUUGGCGCAGCGCCCCGCUGCUCAGCCGCAAUCGAACUCGCCCGCCAGGUCCCCUGCUUCCUCUCCACACAACAACGGUAUUGCUGCGGUGGUGGGGCCAAAACCCUCCGCCGCUUCCCCUAGUCGAGCUUCCUACGACGUACACCGCUUCUACAGCCCGUAUCAACGAAAACCCGAAGCGAACCCGAUCGUGGCGGCGGAGCGUCCCACCGGAAAUCGCGCUGGCGCGCAGGCGCCACCAUCGCAGCCGCAACAACCACCGCACCAGCCCCCGCCUCAGCCGUCUGCGCAGAUAUCGCCUGGUGCGCAGUCACCGCGCAGCAACGUGAACCUCGGCAACGGCAACGGCGCCGCAGGUGGCGGUGGUGCUCAAGUCCCUUCGAAUGGCGCAGCUGCAAACCUCUUUCACGACGACAUGCGCCGUGUGGACGCCAUCAUCGCGAAAUACGGCAAGAACACCGACGAGCGGGCCAAGGAGACGAUUCACGCAUACAUGCGUCGCAAGCAGGAGGCCUACCUGAAGAAGCAAAAGGAGGAGCUCGAGGUUCGUGAGCGACGCAAUGAGUUGCGCCAGCGCGAACUCCGCCGGGUGCUGGAGAACCAGCGAGCCGCCGUGUCGCCGACCAACGCCAACAACCAGCACCGCAACUCCCCCCAGUCCUCGGACCAGGCCAACGGCCACGGUGCGCGUCGCUCCCCUCCGCGCGGAGUGGGCAGCCCCCAAUCCCGUGCCGAGGUGGAGAACGCUUCGCCCCGUAGUCGUUCGCCAGCGUCCUCACCGUCACAUGCUGGCCCAGUCGCCGCCGCCGCAGCAGCAGCAACACCAGCAGUGGCGGGGCGGUCGCCUGUCAGCCCUAGUGCUCCUUCUGCCUUUGGCCGAGACCCUCGCCGCAACGCGGGCGGGCAACAGCAGCAGCCCCGCAGUCGUCCCACCACACCGCAGCGUCCGUACGCCCCGCCUGGCCAACGCGUCGGCAACGCAGCCGCCGUCAGUCCAAAGCAGGCAGGUGACAGCCCCGCUCGCAAGGUCGUCUAUGCCGCCAACUCCCCACAGCCGGAUCACAUUGAGCGGCGAGAUGGUGCCCGUGAAGCGCGGCCCGGGACCAGUCCAACGCAGUUGCGUCCCCAGUCGCCGUCGAGGCCAUCCGGGCAAUCAGCGGAGGUCGUCAAUGCUGACUGGCGCUCGCUGGCCAACAACGCGAAGCCGACCAACUCGCCCUCGGGUCGCAAGAAGGCGUCGCCACCUGCGGGGAUGGACGAUGGCAUCGGCGGACACAAGAUGAUACUGCAGCCCGCUCCGGCUGCUCAGGCGCGGCGCUCGCAGGACCUCCACGUGUCGCCGGCGCCUCGAGAUAGCAACAACGAACUGCGGCGGCCGUCAGCCCUGGCGCCGCUGGGCAACGAAGCGCCCAACCACCGCUCCCCACGCCAUGCGGGGCAGCUCGCAAGCAACGACCUGCUCGGCAGAGGCGACGGCGCCGCCUCCCCGGCGUCCCUCUCCCCGCGCGCAGCGGCGGGCGGUGGUGACCCGCGUCUGCAGCGGCCGAAUCGCGUGCAGAAGGGCUACUUGAAGCCGCUGAACGAGCGCAGUGACGACCACCUGUCGCCGACGACGAGUCCUACGCCCGGCCUCAGCCCGCGGCCCGACGCCCUCCCCCUGCCGGUGAGUCACGUCCGCGGUGUCUCUCCAGCCAACUCGCCACGGGCACAGCCGAAGGCCGCGGCGAAGCCGAAUGCGCACGUGCCCGUCGGUCGACGCGCCUCCCCGCCGGCGGAGUUGGUCGAUAUCCCGCGCAGCGUGGACAUGGCGAACCCGCUGGCGCCGGCGUCUUCCGCCGCUGCAGACGACCCGGUGAGGGAGGCGCUGAAAAUUCUGCGGCGCAGAGGAAAACAGACGAGCCCGUCGGCCGUGUCGAGCAACGCGGACAUGAAGGACGUCCCGGCGCUGAACCUCGUCUCCUCCGAGUUGGCCGGUGGGCACCGGCAGCACAACCGCCGUCUCGUAAACGAAGGCGCUAGCUAUGUGGGGAUGUCGCGCGAGGCCGUGUCGCACGAUGACGAGCGCUUUUUGGCGGAAGAGCAGCGGCGGCGCAAAGCGGAGGAGAACGCGGUGCCGAACACGCUGGAGGCGCUGCGCAGUUUGCGGGAGGCGAGCGAUGAGGCUGCUGCGGGUGGUGCGUCGGGCAGCUCUUCAGCGGAGGCGGCCAGCCCGGUGGGCCAUCUGGCCCUGCUGAAGCAGCGUCAUCGCAUGCAUUACAACGGGGCAACAAAUGCUAACGGUGCCGAGUCGGCUCCGACUUCGGCCUCGCGCGGCCCGGACGGCGCGCGGCUCUCCGCGCAGUCCGAUUCUGCGGCGCGCAAGGAGAGGCGGCCCUCCACCUCUAACAGCAAACCUCCGCCGUUGGCGUCUGCGCAUGUCACGGCGCUGUCGCUGGGCGACAUCAACUACGCCGCACCGUACUCCGCCCCCUCCUCACGCUCUCCCAAGACCAGCAAGCCAACGACGCCAACAGCGGUCAACGCGGCAGGCGGCAGUGGCGGCAGUGCCAGCAGUGAUGGAGGCGCCCCGCAUCAGAGCUCGAUGGACGGCUACGCGGAGAUGCUGCAGCACUUGAAGGACUUGCUGCAGCGCCGCCGUGUCACACGCGGUGUCAGCGCCAGCAACGCCUCCACACCGACGUCGGGUGCGGCCUCGCCCCGACCAGACGCCGCGCGCAACUCCCCUCUCUCUCCAAGCGCGCAGAGGAGGUUGCCGCCGCUGCCACCACUCGACUCGCUGCCCUUAUCGGAAGGGGACAGCCAUCGGACGGACGCGGCGGCCCUCUCGCCCCCAAACUUCAAUUCAACAAGGCCGCUACAACCGCUACGUCCCGUUCCCCUUGCGCUGGAAAUUGUGCCCAGCAGCGACGAUCAGGCGGACGACGACGACGACGACGAGGACUUCGAGGAUGCCGUGCCACUGUCCCCGGUGCGCUGUGCGGAGUUGAACGACAACUACGUCCGUUUGCAGCAGCAGAAGAGAGGUGGACGGGCGGUGCCGGAUGACGUGUACACGGAUGACGUCGAUUUAACGUCUGCCAACAUGGAGGAAGAGCUGGACGGCGAGGAGGGAUACACCGGGUAUUAUAAACUGCCCAGCCCCGAGGAGUUACUGAAGGGCGCCUGA